AUGGGUGACAAAGGGACACGGGUGUUCAAGAAGGCGAGCCCCAAUGGGAAGCUCACCGUCUACCUGGGGAAGCGGGACUUUGUGGAUCACAUCGACUUCGUGGACCCCGUGGAUGGUGUGGUCCUGGUGGAUCCCGAGUACCUCAAGGAGAGGAGAGUCUACGUGACGCUGACCUGCGCCUUCCGCUACGGCCGGGAGGACCUGGACGUCCUGGGCCUGACCUUCCGCAAGGACCUGUUUGUGGCCAACGUGCAGUCCUUCCCGCCGGCGCCCGAGGACAAGAAGCCGCUGACCCGGCUGCAGGAGCGCCUCAUCAAGAAGCUGGGCGAGCACGCCUACCCCUUCACCUUCGAGAUCCCUCCGAACCUCCCGUGCUCGGUGACCUUGCAGCCGGGGCCGGAAGACACGGGGAAGGCCUGUGGUGUGGACUAUGAAGUCAAAGCCUUCUGCGCCGAGAGCCUGGAGGAGAAGAUCCACAAGCGGAAUUCUGUGCGCCUGGUGAUCAGGAAGGUCCAGUAUGCCCCCGAGAGGCCUGGCCCCCAGCCCACGGCCGAGACCACCAGGCAGUUCCUCAUGUCGGACAAGCCCCUGCACCUCGAGGCCUCCCUGGACAAGGAGAUCUAUUACCACGGAGAGCCCAUCAACGUCAACGUCCACGUCACCAACAACACCAACAAGACGGUGAAGAAGAUCAAGAUCUCGGUGCGCCAGUAUGCAGACAUCUGCCUUUUCAACACAGCCCAGUACAAGUGCCCCGUGGCCCUGGAGGAGGCCGACGACACGGUGGCGCCCAGCUCCACGUUCUGCAAGGUCUACACGCUGACCCCCUUCCUGGCCAACAACCGAGAGAAGCGGGGCCUCGCCCUGGACGGGAAGCUCAAGCACGAAGACACGAACCUGGCCUCCAGCACCCUGUUGAGGGAAGGCGCCAACAGAGAGAUCCUGGGCAUCAUCGUGUCCUACAAAGUGAAAGUGAAGCUGGUGGUGUCUCGGGGCGGUGACGUGGCCGUGGAACUGCCCUUCACCCUGAUGCACCCCAAGCCCAAAGAGGAGCCCCCACUACGGGAAGUUCCAGAGAGUGAGACGCCCGUGGAUACCAACCUCAUAGAACUUGACACAAACGACGACGACAUUGUGUUUGAGGACUUCGCCCGGCAGAGACUGAAGGGCUUGAAGGACGACAAGGAGGAGGAGGAGGAUGGUACCGGCUCUCCACAGCUCAACGACAGAUAG